AUGUUUACAGCAAGGAACGAAUAUGACAGGGGUGUAAACACCUUCUCCCCGGAAGGCCGUAUAUUCCAGGUGGAAUACGCCCUAGGGGCCAUAAAACUGGGUAGCACGGCCCUAGCCGUCGCAACACGUGAAGGAAUCAUAUUUGCGUCUGAGCAUCGCAUGAAUUCUUCUUUGAUGGAAUCGGUCUCGCUGGAAAAGAUAAUGGAAAUUGAUAGUCAUAUCGGCUGUACCAUGAGCGGACUUAUUGCGGAUGCUCGUACUCUCGUUGACCACGCUCGAUCUGAGUGUGCGAAUCAUACGUUUGUAUACAAUGAGCCAAUGGCUGUACGGUCUUGUGUUGAGGCCAUAGCAGACUUAGCUUUGGAAUUCUCGGACAUUUUUGACUCUAAAAAGAAAAAGACUAUGAGUAGACCGUUUGGAGUAGCAUUGCUUGUUGGUGGAAUUGAUGCUGAUGGCCCUGCCAUUUGGUGUGUCGAUCCGUCUGGCACUAGCAUAAAGUAUAGAGCUGCGGCCAUAGGCUCCGCACAGGAGGGUGCUGAAACGAUUUUGCAGGAACGCUAUAGUGAUGACAUGACCUUUAGAGAUGCUGAAUUGCUGGUACUAGAAGUACUGCGUCAAGUCAUGAAGGAUAAGAUGACCAAGAAAAACAUAGAAAUGGCGCGCAUCAAAAUUGAUGAUCGUCAAUAUCGCGAAUACACAGAGGAAGAGCUUGAUGUUGUUAUUAAUGAGCUGCCCGAAUUCGAGCAUGUGGAUCACUAG